AGUACAAGCUAACAAAAUGAAGAAUUUAUCUGAAGACCUUUUUUUUCCAGGAAAAGAAGAAGAAAAUGUUAAAAUAAAAAUUCCUGAUGUGGAUCGAGCAAGAUGUGAUCUUAGUAAAAGAUAAUUUAUAUGAAAUUGGAACAAACGAGGGCAGACUACAUCAACUCUACAGUCGGAACCAAUUCACAAUAUGUAAAGAGGUGUUUAUCCAGGCUAAUGAUGUACCACCAGUACAAAUUUCAUUAAGAGAAGUGGCAAAAAAAUCUUCUAAUUUGGGUGGCCAAGGGUACGAUAGGUGUACUUGCAAUACAUUGUGUAAGACCAACCGGUGUAAAUGUAAAAGAUCUGGUCGUCUUUGCAACUCAAAGUGUUAUAAUAGUGGUUUAUGUGGUAAUAAAUAA